UAUUACAGCCCUUUGUUUAGUCAAUGUAAAGUAGUAUCUGGACAAUGCACUGAUUGUUUUUAUCUGAUACAGGAAAACGAUGUUGGUUUCUUUGAAUCGUCAGUUGGCCAGAUCUAGCAAGUGUUUGUGAACAACAAAUUAAAUGUUUGACAUAAGCUACGGCUAGAUUCCAGUGCCAGUGAACAAAAUCAAACUGCUCACUAUGAAAUUCGAUGACGUCAUCCACGAGCUGGGAGAUUUCGGUAGCUACCAGAAGCGUAUGUUUUUAUUGACUUGUUUGGUGUCAGUACCGACGUCCUUUCAUAUUCUGAUGUCAGUGUUUGUAUUGGCUGUGCCAGACCACAGGUGCGCCAUUCCAGAACUGGACAAUGACACGUACGCGAGCCAAGGUCCCUGGCAUGCUGACCUCAUCAAUCAAUCCAUCCCAUGGCUGAGUCAGAAGAACAUGUACUCCCAAUGUGAAGUGUUUGUGAAAAAUGGGACACAGAGAGACUGGGGCAACAUGACCAGAAAGUGUGACAAAUGGGUUUACAGCAAGGAAAUAUUUACAUCUACCUUUGUCACAGAGGUUGACAUGGUUUGUGAUCAUAUACACUACAGAACAUACGCCAGUAUGGCUGUGAUGGCUGGCAUGACUGUUGGUUCCGUCCUCCUAGGAUCUUUGGCCGAUUUAAUAGGUCGAAAGAAAGUUUUACUGUUAGGUACAGUGGGACAGUUUACUUGUGGUCUAACGACAGGCUUCAUUCGAUCGUACAUACCAUUUAUAAUCUUAAAGUUUUUAACAACUUUCUUCGGUAUCGGCUUGUAUUUGACAUCAUACGUUAUCGGAAUGGAACUGAUUGGACCAGCGAAACGAAAGUACGGCAUUGUCAAGGAGUUCUUCUGGUGCCUUGGACACUUUCUUUUGACUGGCUUUGCCUUUGUACUGCGAGACUGGAGUCUCUUGCAGAUUGUGUUAUCCAUUCCUAACUUCCUUAUGAUCUCUUAUUUCUUGUUACUGAAUGAAUCUUCGAGAUGGCUGGUCAGUAAAAAUAGACUUAAGGAAGCCUCUGAAAUCUUACAAGUCGCUGCUAAAAUAAACCAAGUGGUAUUGUCGGACGAUGUGGCCAAUUUAAAGAAUAUAGAAUCGAACGCCAACAAUGAAAAAGUCUGGCAUAUGAUGACAAACUGUAGAUUAAUUAUUCGCUGUUUAGUUAUAUUUGUUAACUGGCUAGUUGCAAGCUUAGUUUUCUACGGGCUUAAUUUGAAUGUUGGAAACCUGUCUGGAGAUUUGUACCUUAACUUCUUCUUGUCUGGCCUGGUGGAAGUUGUCUCUUAUGCUUCAUGUUUGAUAUUCCUGGACAAAGCUGGCAGGAAGUUGUUGCAAUGCUUCUUUAUGUUGACGGCUGGCGUAGCCUGUGUGAGUACGCUGUAUCCUGUACUAUUUAAUACAGAUCUGUCCUGGCUGACUAUAGUGCUGUGCCUAAUUGGAAAGUUUGGCGCUUCAGCGGCUUUUGCUGUGAUCUACAUCUACACCGUGGAGUUAUUCCCCACUGUGAUGAGAAACUCAGGGCUUGGUGCGAGCUCACUCGUAGCCAACAUUGGUGGAGUUUUCGCCCCUUAUAUCGCUGACAUUGGUCAAAUGAUCUCUGGAGACAUGGCUGUAGUGCUACCUCUACUUAUAUUUGGUGGAGCCAGUAUAUUUGCUGGACUACUUGCCCUGUUACUUCCUGAGACGGCCAACCAAAAGUUACCAGACACUGUGGAAGAUGCCAAGAACUUCGGAAGAAAAAAUAUAAUUGGGUUUGAGCUUCAUAAUAUGACCCUGACAUCAGAAAAAACAAAUAACUCGUUAGAUUCUACAACUUUGACAAAGGAAACUCUCCACUAGAUAUACUCAGAGAUUAGAUAGUGAAAGUAUGAGGUAUACAAGUCUCAGGAUCAAAGAUGUAUGGCAAAACUUUCAUACGAAAAACUAACUAGUGCUUUACAAGACUAAUUGGUUAAGAUGUAUGUCAUAAUAACUAAUAAGACAAGUUCUUUAAAAAAAGUUUUAUAUGUAUGUUAUAAUGUAUUAAAAUCAAUUUCAUUUUUCAAGUAUUUCGCAGAUUUUGACAAGUCUAAGUGGAACAGACAAAAAGAGAUGUUUAAAAAAUAUUUUUAUGACGUUUUGGUUACAUUUAAAAUGCAUUAACAUGUUUCCAUUUUUGUAAGGGUUGAGAUUGUUUUACAUAAGGGUUGAGAUUGUUUUACAUAAGGGUUGGGAUUGUUUUACAUAAGGGUUGAGAUUGUUUUACAUAAGGGUUGAGAUUGUUUUACAUAAGGGUUGGGAUUGUUUUACAUAAGGGUUGGGAUUGUUUUACAUAAGGGUUGGGAUUGUUUUACAUAAGGGUUGAGAUUGUUUUACAUAAGGGUUGGGAUUGUUUUACAUAAGGGUUUAGAUUGUUUACAUAAGGGUUGAGAUUGUUUUACAUAAGGGUUGAGAUUGUUUUACAUAAGGGUUGAGAUUGUUUUACAUAAGGGUUGAGAUUGUUUUACAUAAGGGUUGAGAUUGUUUUACAUAAGGGUUGGGAUUGUUUUACAUAAGGGUUGAGAUUGUUUUACAUAAGGGUUGAGAUUGUUUUACAUAAGGGUUGGGAUACUUUUAGAUAAGGGUUGGGAUUGUUUUAGAUAAGGGUUACGAUUAUUGAUCAUCAAAAUUAUUUUCUUUCUUAUUUAUCCUUAUGUUUGGUUCUGUAAGAAAACAUCAAAUCCAAUUGGUUUUUUUCAUUUUAAAAAUAGUAAAUUUAAAGAAAGUGAUGUAUGGACGGCUGUUGGGCGUGUGGUAUGUUACAAGUGUCUCGAAUGUCACAUCCAGAUUAGAGCUAGAACGUUGACAUCUCCAUCUCUGAAGUAAAUUCUGAAACGCAAUAGUUGAAGCCUGGUACGCAGCCAAAGAAUAGAAUUAAAGUCUUUUUAUGGAUUUCUUUUGAUGUUCACUUUAUGUUGCUCAUCUGUGAACAGUCCUUCACACUUAUACAGAAUUUUUAUAAUUCUAUACUUUUAAAACUGCAUUUUUUAAAAGUAAUACAAUUGUUAAAAAUAAAUAAAAGUGAGGAGUGUUGAGCUUUUGCAAUAAA